AUGGUGUUGGUGGCAGGGCGCACAACUGUUCCGGGCUGCAGCUUCUCCCUGGCCAGGUUUCAGAGGAGUGCUUCCAGACUAGGCGUGGCGGGAGCAACCAGUUAUUUGCAAACUCUUUAUUUGUUGCAUCUCCUGAGCUCAUCCGGCGGCGAAGGCAGGGCAGGAAGAGGAGCAAGGGUGGCUGUUGGCCAGGCCGGAGUCCAAGUCGUCUUGGCUGGGGGCCAGCGAGGUCCGGCCUCCUGGGCCCCAAGGGGCCAGUCCGGCUAUCUCCCCCAGCCCCACCUCCAGCCCCACCCCACCCUUACUAAUACUUUAUCUGGGGUGGGCCGGAGCAUCCCUGAAGCACACAAGGGACCAGCAGGACCAGAGGCCAGCAGGCCAGUGGGACCAGUAGGCCAGCGGGACCAGAGGCCAGUAGAACCAGCAGGACCAGCAGGCCAGCGGGACCAGAGGCCAGUAGAACCAGCAGGACCAGCAAUCCAGCAGGACCAGAGACCAGUAGGACCAGAGACCAGCAGGCCCAGCAGGCCCAGCAGGUGGGAAAGCGACGGGACCGAGCGCGGCGCGGCCGGCCGGCAGGGGGCGACGGCGGGGAGGGCGUGUGCGCCUGCGCGGGCCGAGCGGGCGGGGAGGGGAGGGGGGAGCGAGAGCGCAGUGCGCCUGCGCGGCGCUAUGGCCCUGGCCGGCCGAGCCAUGUCCUCCUCCGGGGAGCCUUCGGGGCUGCUGUUCUCCGAGGACGUCCUCAGCCUGUACGGGCACAACCGCAGCCUGUCGCUGCCCGGCGUGUCCCGGCUGCUGGAGGAGCUGGGCGCCGCGCCCGCCCGGGACCCGCACCGGCUGGACCAGCUGCACCACAACCAGUGCUUGUCGGCCGAAGAGAUUUUUUCCACUCUUGGAGUUUCCAACGAUACCCAGAUAACCAGUGAAAACUUCUCAACAAUAUGUCCUGCAGUCUUACAGCAGCUGGUAUUUCACCCUUGCAGUGCUCCCUCAGAACAGAGUCAUAAACCGGCAACCCCAGAAGUUUGGGGAUAUGGAUUCCUCGCAGUGACUAUCAUUAAUCUGGCCUCUCUCCUUGGAGUGUUUUUAAUUCCUUGGGUAAAGAAACCCUAUUUUCCCAAGAUUUUGACCUAUUUUGUAGGCCUGGCCAUCGGGACUCUCUUCUCAAAUGCAGUUUUCCAGCUUAUUCCAGAGGCAUUUGGAUUUGACCCAAAAGUGGAUAACUACAUUGAAAAAUCAGUUGCUGUGUUUGGUGGAUUUUAUAUCCUUUUCUUUGUAGAAAGGGUGCUGAAGAUGAUAUUGAUGACUUAUGGACAGGCUGAUCACUUGCACUUUGCAGACAACGAGGAGGGUCCGUCUCAGGGAAAAGCCAAUCAGCCCAAAGAGUUGCCUUCCAGUAACGGCGGGACAUGCUUUGCAAAUCCAGGAGUGACCGAGCCCAAUGGACAGCUGCAUUUCGAUAAUGUCAGUGUGGUCUCUUUCCAGGAUGGCAAAGAGCAGUCGAGUCUGUGCAAGUGUUUUAGCAAGCCCAAGCUGUCGGAAAUUGGCACGAUCGCCUGGAUGAUCACCCUCAGUGACGCCCUCCACAACUUCAUCGAUGGCCUGGCCAUCGGGGCUUCCUUCACCCUCUCGCUCCUUCAGGGACUUAGUACGGCCAUAGCGAUCCUCUGCGAGGAGUUUCCUCAUGAACUGGGAGACUUUGUGAUAUUACUCAAUGCGGGAAUGAGCACUCAACAAGCUCUCUUUUUCAACUUCCUUUCCUCGUGCUCCUGCUACCUUGGGUUAAUCUUCGGCAUAUUGGUGGGCAACAAUUUUGCUCCAAAUGUUAUCUUUGCUAUAGCUGGUGGGAUGUUCCUGUAUAUUUCCCUGGCAGACAUGUUCGCAGAGAUGAAUGAUGUGCUGAGUGAGAAAGUAACUGGAAGGAAAACAGAUUUCACCUACUUCGUUAUCCAGAAUGCAGGCUUGCUCACUGGGUUUGCGGCUAUCCUGAUCAUUACCUUGUAUGCAGGAAAUAUUAACCUGCGUUAAUUCGGCUCUGAGGACGGCACAGAUACUGAAGGCAAUUAGCAAUUAAAAAACAAAAAACUGAAGAACUCUUUUUACAUUCUCAAAGGGCCUGUCGGUUGAUUUUACGUGAUUGAGAUAACCCUGCGUUCUUCUGUAAAUUUUUUUUAGGCCCAUAAAAAUGGGCCACCAGCUGGGUAGGCCUUGAGAACCAAGGCAGAAACUGGAUCCCCCUUACCCCGGGCAGGCACUUACGGUCCCCGAUCCUUUGGAAACUGUUGGGGUUUCGUGUUCUGUGAAUUGAAGAGCCAUCAGGAAACUCAAAGCCUCCAUGCCUCAUGACUCAGGCUAAAACACCGUCCUGAGGCUUGAGAGAAGGAAUCAGGGCAGGCCCCUGAAUGGUUUGAAUGGCUUUUGCGGUGGAAGUGAACGUGGAAGCAAUUUCAGAGCAGGUUAAUUUCUAUUAAACGUCUCUCGGACAAGUCUCUCGCAACUUGGAAGAGAAUCAAGACUACUUCCUCCCAGAAAUAAGGAAGCCGAAGUCUUAAUUACUAAUUAACACUGGAAGAAAAGAGAUGAGGCUCAGCUUCUGAGCUGCUUCCUUUUUAUAGGCUCUAGGGAGUUUUGGAUUUUUACAAACCUCAUUUUAAAUAAGUGAUAAUGUGUUACCACUUCUAACCAGUGAUGGAUUCCGAACAUUUUUAAUGCACAUUUUACCUCAGAGUUGAUCUAAUACGUUUUUCUUCACUAGGGUUGUUUUUUUUUAGUUCAAAUAAUUUAAUUCUGAAACCUGAACUGCCUUUCUGAGUUGGGCCAGUCCUGUUGACAAAUAGCAUUCAUGAGAAGCUACUGAAGAAGCUCAGCAUCGGUGUUUAAUUACUUUGUCUCGUAAGAAUGGCAAAUAUAUUUGUACAUGGCAAGGCCUUGAGAGAAAUUUAAAUGUGACACGUGAAAGAGGGCAGCAUAUUGGUGCAAAGAGGACGUUUUUAGAAGUGCCAGAAGAACAGCGGGACUUAUGUGGGUGGACAUAAGAGAUGUAAUGCCAAAGAAAGUAUAUCUGGAUUAUUGCGAACUAUUGAAAAAAGACUUUUUUCCAUUGAUUGUCAGUUUUCCUAGGUUGGUUAUGUCCCAACUGGAUACCGUGCUCUCAGGUUAAUUUUGUACCUUUCGGAUGAAGCGCAGGAGACAUUAGCUGUACAUCUACCUAACAUUAUGAAGUGCCCUGAAGUGGUUGAUUCUGACUCAUCACCCUUUCACUCACGAGACCAAUUCCCACUCGUGGAAUCAGAGGAAGAGUCUCUAGGCAACCAAAAAAUGAUUGUUUGAGAUCACUAUUUAUUCCAAGAACUGAGUUUUCUCCCUGAUUUGUAAAAUGUUCCUAAGCGGCAAUAAAGUUGACUUGAUGAGCA